AUUGACAUACGUCAAGAUGCGCACGCGAGUAGCCCUACGCGCCCUCUCCGCCCUCCGAGUCGCAGCACCCCGAAACCCCUACUCAACAAUAAAACCGCCCCAAGUUCCCCUCUCCUACGACCUCCAUGAGCCCGCAAACCCCUCAUCCAAAGCUCCCGGGGCAAUAAUCUUCAUGCACGGCCUCUUCGGAUCCAAGAAAAACAAUCGGAGCAUUAGUAAGUGAGCAUUCUCCCACGAGUUAUACAAAAACCCGAAAUUCUAACAAUGGGGAAUAGGGCGUUAG